CCGCAAAGCCCCACGCCGCCCCUCUGUGCGAGGCGGCCGCCCCUUUCCCCCGGGAGCGGGAGGGAAGGGGCUGCGGCUGCCGGGGCCGCGGGAGCGGAGCGGGGCGCGCAUGCUCUGCCGGCCGCGGCCCUCCCCCGUCUCCUCCCCCCUGCCCGGGGCCGGCGGCGGGGACGGUCUCGGCCAUUUCCGCGGGCGCGGGGACGAGGGGCCGAGCCAGCGCGGCAGCGGCUUCCCCGAGCGCCGCGGCCGGCUCCGCUCUGCGGAUUCAGCACCGCGCCGCUGGACAGCGCCCGCCGGGCGGCGGGGCGGGGCGGGGCGGGGCGGGGGCCGGGGCGGGCAGGGACCCGGCGGGCAGCGGCCCCGUCCCUGCGCCAGGCUCGCCCUCCGAGCGGGCUGCGCGGCGGCGGCGGCGGCAGCGGCAACAGCAGCAGCAGCAGCAGCAGCAGCAGCGGGAGGAUGUUGCUCAAGCUGGCGGUCGCGGUGCAGGUGCUGGCGCUGCUGGCGAACCGGGUGCACGGCUUCCCGAAACCCGGGGGCAAAGAUAAAGCUAUACACAACAGACAAUUAAGUGUAGAAAGACCUUUGGAGGAACAGAUUGCUGAAGCUGAGGCAGACAAGAAUAGGAAAAUAGCUCCCACAGAAAAUAAGCCAGAGUUCAGGAAUUAUUCCUUUGUUGAUGACCUGAACCUGCUAAGAUCAGCAGCAGAAAGAGAGAGGAAUGAAAAGGAGAGGGAGUCAAUUAGAAGCUCUUUGUAUGAACAGCAACUGGCCAUUGAUGAUGCAGACUCCACCAAGAACCGCAGGCUUGUGGAUGACUAUGAUUCCACUAAAAGUGGGCUGGAUUAUAAAUUCCAAGAUGAUCCAGAUGGCCUCCAUCAAUUGGAUGGCACUCCUUUGACUGCUGAAGACAUUGUUCAGAAAAUUGCUGCAAGAAUUUAUGAGGAAAAUGAUAGAGGAGUGUUUGACAAGAUUGUUUCAAAACUCCUAAAUCUGGGGCUGAUCACAGAGAGUCAGGCCUAUACCCUGGAAGAUGAAGUGGCAGAGGUUUUACAACAGCUAAUUGCAAAUGAAGCAAAGGAUCGUGAGAAGGAGUCUGAAGAUUUUUAUUAUCCUCCAAGCAGAGGAGACAGUGAUACAAAAGAAAAGCAACAGGAAAGAAUGACACCAAGCAAAGCUGAUCGGGAUAGUUUCAUCAAUGGAGAAAUUGAUGAUACACUGGAUAACACAUGGUCACCAUCUAAUAUCUUGGAAAGAAGAAAUGAGCUGCUUUCUGAAGAUAAUUUUGAAGACCUCCAAUAUUUUCCAAACUUUUAUGCACUGUUAAAAAGUCUUAACUCAGAGACAGAGGCAAAAGAGAAAGAGACUUUGAUAACUAUCAUGAAAACCCUGAUUGAUUUUGUGAAGAUGAUGGUUAAAUAUGGAACAAUUACACCAGAAGAAGGAGUUUCCUAUCUAGAAAACUUAGAUACAAUGAUAGCUGAGCAGACAAAGAAGAGACUUGAAAACCCCUCCACUAAAACCAGAACAAAGCUACCAGCAGACAAGAGUAGUGAAGAAGCAGACAGUACAAAGGAAGAAGCAGCUAAAAUGGAAAAGGAAUAUGAAAUUUCAAAGGAUUCUACAAAAAAUGAAGAACAAAAUGCAGCAGGAGACAGUGAAGAGCCCAGAGGGAAAGCUGAGGCAUAUCUGGAAGCAAUCAGGAAGAAUAUAGAAUGGCUAAAGAAGCACAAAAAACAAGGUAACAAAGAAGACUAUGAUAUUUCAAAGCUGAGAGAUUUCAUUGAUCAGCAAGCUGAUGCUUAUGUGGACAAGGGCAUCCUGGACAAGGAAGAGGCUGAUGUAAUUAAACGCAUAUAUAGCAGCCUGUAAAAAGCUAGUGGCUGCCAAACAUGUAGAAAACUAGUAUAGCUUCCCUCACUCCUGGCUCAAUAACUUAUGAUCUGUUAAUUUGAGGAUGUCAUUAGAAAUGCUCUGUUUACAUUCUACUGACAACUUUCUAGGCAGAAAUGAAGAGCUCUAGUGCUCUGUACACUGACUGCAUACUCACAAAUCAACCCUACCAGCCAAAUUCUGACACUGAAUUUUUAUGUGAUAGGGUAAAUAUUUAUGUAAUGUUCUCUUUGAUUUAUUAUUUGUGUUUGGUUUACUUUUGUAGCUAAACCAAUCGUUUCUGAUGGGAAGUUCUUUUAAUGAUACAUCUUUUUGCUCUCAUUCCACUAGCUUUCUAUAGAUGCAACUAUGUAAAGGGCAUUAUUAGAAAAUAGUUCAUAGUUCUCCAAAUAAAAUAUUUGAAAAUAA